AUGAAAAGGAUGACUGAAACAUCUUCCAAGGAAGAUAUAUUUGUUCAGCCUGUGGUUUCUGAGAAGCGAUCUACCGUAUCCACCUCUCCUGUGUCCCAUGUACAGCUUGCAUGUACCCACCAGUACUGUGCUUUCCCAUUGAAUAGAAAUGAGCUCUGCGUCUGGGACACAGCUAACCCACAUGCACAGCCCAUGAUUCUAAAAGGUCAUCACCAGCCCAUAACUGCAGUGGCAAUAAAACAGGAUGGGGAUCAAUGGCUGGCUUGCUCUGCCUCACAAGACUAUGUCAUUACAUGGAAUCUGAAUGACUGCAAACGAGAUUUUCUUCAAGGAUUGCUACCUCGUGGACUUGUCAUCGGAACCCUCAUUGGUGAUGUUCAGCAUAUAGCUUUCCACUGUAAUGAAAAGUUGGUUGUGACAUGUGCGGGAACUAGAGUAUUUAUACUUAAUGUUCAGAGAAAAGAAAUACUUGCAGAGUUGGCAGUACACCAAGGACUGGUGACUGGAGCUGAAUUUUGGGCUGAUAAUUUCCUUGUGUGCAUUUCUGAAGACAGAACUUUCUCGGUAUGGGACUACCAAGCAGGACAUUUGGUAUACCAGUCUGGAAUAAUAUCAGCCUUCCCUCUUUUAAAGAUGUACAUUGAUGAAGAAAAUGAGCAGCUGGUCACGGGAUGUUCUGAUGGAAUGUUACGAGCUUUUAGUUUGGUAAAAGGACAUAGUUUUCGAUGCCUGUGCAAUAUUGAUCUUCGAAAGGAGAAACUGAAAUUUUACAAGCAGUUUGAA